AUGAGCGAGCUUGAUAAGACUACGUUAUUCGCCAAUGGCGAUGCCCACAUCUAUGGCACAAUUCCUCUUGCAACUACGACCAAGCCCGAAUCGACGAUCGUCCUUUUGGGCCAUGAUAUAGCACCAUACGUUCAACUUACUCGCAUUCAGAAAUAUGGAGGGGUGCUGCUUCUCUGGUGGCCUUUCGCAUGGUCGCUUACCAUCGCUGCAACGACAUUAAACCUUUCCUUCUUCGAGUUCUCCUCGGGAUUGCUGUAUAGCUUUGUGUUCGCAAAUCUUCUUCGGAGUGCAGGGUGUAUUUGGAAUGACAUUCUGGAUCGUGAUUUUGAUCGGCAAGUCGAGCGAACGAAGAACCGCCCUCUCGCCAGUGGCAGAGCAACUGUGAAAGGAGCUCUCGUAUUCUUGCUGAUGCACUUGGUUUUCUUGGUCGCUAUGCUUCAUCCAUUGAACCAAUUUGCGCGGAUAGUUGGCUUCUUCGCCAUCUUCUUUUUCCCCGGUCUCUAUCCUUUGAUGAAGCGUAUCACGUACUGGCCACAAGCAUGGUUGGGUUUGACAAUGAACAUCGGGGUCCCUUUGACAUGGGCAGCGAUCUCUGGCGAAUGUCCAACGCCUGCUCUGGUCUUCUACGCUGGAACAUGGGCCUGGUGCAUCUGGUACGACACCAUCUACGCAUGUCAAGACAAGAAGGACGACGUUAACGCCGGAAUCAAAUCAACGGCGGUGCUGUUCGACUCGUACACCAAGGUCAUUCUGGCCUUCUUUGGCAUGAUCACUUUCGGGUGCUUCUCCGUAGCGGGAUAUCUGAAUGGCUCUCACUGGACAUACUAUGUCGUUACGGUCCUCGGAGGUAUGGCGCACUUUGGAUGGCAGUGGAGUAAGGUCGACUUGGACAGCCCGAAGAGUUGUUGGAAGAUGUUUACUUCCAACGCCUUUUCUUUUGGUUAUGUUAUCUGGACAGGACUGCUUAUCGAGUACAUAAUGACGGCCUACAUGCGAUUGUAG